AUGGCAAUGUACUGCUAUGAAGACGAAUUGAGAAGAAGGUUCAGGUUUGGAAGAAGAGGAAUAGAGUAUUUGGCCGAUUUGCUGAGAGAGGACCUAGCUAGGGAAACAGACAGAAGUUGUAGCCUGUCAGUCGAGGAACAAGUCUGUAUAGCGCUGAGGUACUACGCUUCAGGUUCAUUUAUGCAGGUUGUUGGGGACACACAUGGGAUACAUAAAAGUACUGUUUGCAGAGUUGUGGAUAAGGUUACUAAAGAUAUAGUGAAGCGUCAUAAGCAGUUCAUUCAAUGGCCAGUUGAUGAAGCUACCAAGAGACGAGUGAAAUCUGAGUUUAGCAACAUAGCUGGAUUUCCAGGUGUUAUAGGGUAUGUUGAUGGUAGCCACGUCCGUUUGAUCAAGCCUUCACCAGACCAAGAGAGGUUUUAUCAACAGAAAAGGAUUCCCAUCUAUAAAUGUGAUGGCAGAAAAUUCACAUUUAUCAAUGAGCAGUGGCCUGGAUCAGCUCACGAUAGCUUUAUAUUCCGAACUUCCACACUUGGAUGCCACCUGGAGAGAAACCACAGGGGUUUGGAAGAUGGGAUUGUUCUUGGAGACAGCGGGAAGAAGGUACGAGAUGAAAUUCUUUCACAAAAGACAAAGGAAGAAAGAAGAUAA